AACACUGUUCCAACAGUGGUGAAAAUGGUGAAUUCAUUCUGAUGAGACUUGUAAUGAUAUUUUCAGGUCAAGUAAAAAAAAACUCAUUAAGAAGCGAUUACCGCUCGUCUAAAAAAAUUAGUCAACUAUCGACGUUCCACAUGACCACAUCUGUCUGUCAUUUAAAGGUGUUUACUUUUAUUGAAUCUACUCUAUACAGACGGUACAUAUAAGCAUUCAUACACACAGAGGUUUACAAUUAUUUGCCUCUGCAAACCCUAAAACAGUGGAAAAAAGACGAAUAACUGGAAAUGGAAGCUCCGCCGACAACUGAUACCGUUUAUCAAAGCGUGUUGACGCUCUACAAUAAUCCUGACACAACCGAAAAGGAGAAAGCUUCAAAAUGGUUAGAUUCGCUACAAAAAUCUGUGUACUCUUGGAGUAUAGCUGACGAAUUGCUGCAACAGAAACGAGAUCUUCAGUCGUGCUACUUUGCUGCACAGACAAUGCGAAACAAGAUCCAGACGUCAUUUCAUGAGCUUCCCGAAUAUUCACACGAAUCGUUACGCGAUUCCCUGAUGAAUCAUGUGUGUCAAAUCACCGCCGAUACGGAGGUGGUCAUCGUCACACAAUUGUGUCUUGCGCUGGCCGAUUUGGCUCUGCUCAUGUCGGCCUGGAAGAAUCCCGUUUCCGAGCUGAUCCAGAAAUUGUCCGUCAACGAUAACAGUGUGUAUCCAUUAGUCAUAAUCCUAACGCUCAUACCGGAAGAAAUGAAUUCGCGCUACCUUCGACUGGGCGCCAAUCGGCGAGAAGAUAUAUCCCGGCAACUGGAAUCGAAUUCUAGAGUGGUGACCGAAUUUCUGUCCGCUUGCCUGCAAAACUGCAACAACAUAUCACUGAUGGUCCUGAAUGUCAUAAAGUGUUUCACCGCGUGGAUCGCUGUUCAUGCCAUUGCGAUAACGGACCUGCUGAACAACAUCAUCAUCGGCAAAACGUUCAGUUUGUUGUCCAACAAUGAAACGGAAAUCAAAUUGCAUGACGCUGCUGCCGACUGCCUGUGCACAUUAUUACAAUGCUUGGAGGGGAACAACAACGGUCAGGUGUUGGAAGUGAACAUUUUCAACAGCGUCCUGCAAUUGGAGAAUUCCUAUCAUUUGGCUGUAGCUCACGAGGACCUGGACAAGGCGAUCAAUUACUGUCGCAUUUUCACCAUCAUGAGCGAAACGUUUUUGGACAAAAUUGUCGGUUGCAGUAACGAGCACAUGGCACACUUCUCCAUCAAGUCGCUGGACUUGGUGCUGAAUUGUGUCGGCCACUAUGACUACGAAGUGAUGGAAAUAACGUUCCAUUUGUGGUAUCGACUGAGCGAGGAAAUUUAUCAGAAAAACAACGACCAGCUGACCAUUCACUUUCAACCGUACAUUGAACGGUUGAUCAGCGCCAUGUACAGACAUUCGCAGAUGGAUGCCGAUCACGAAGGUUUGAUAGACGAAUCGGAUACAUUUUCGGACUUUCGAAGGAAGGUGUCCGAUUUGAUAAAGGACGUCGUUUUCAUAGUCGGCUCAUGUACGUGUUUCAAACAAAUGUUCCUUACACUACAAGAACCGAACGCGACGUGGGAGCACUGUGAAGCCGCUCUGUUCAUAAUGGAGAAUGUUGCCAAAAACAUUUUACCUGACGAAAAUGACGUCGUACCGAAAGUCGUGGAGGCUAUUCUAAAUUUACCGCAAAAUACUCACAUUGCCGUGCGCUACACAUCGAUUACGCUGUUGGGCGAACUGUGCGAAUGGAUCGACAAUCAUCCGGACACAUUGCAAGCAAUUCUCAACUUUUUGCUGUACUCACUGCAACAAAAGAAUGGAUUGGCCGCAGCGGCUGCAACAGCACUCACAUCGAUAUGUUCGAAGUGUCGUGACCAGAUGAUCUGUCAUCUGAGUGGUUUAGUUCAAAUCGUUGCUAGCUUAGACAGUUUCGAAAUAACCAAUGAAGCCGCCAUCGGUGUACUGAAGGGAAUAUCAACGAUUGUGUCACGGCUGCCGAAUCAGGCAACGCUGACACUGACAUUGCAACAGAUUUGUUCCUAUCAAAUGGUACCGCUGCGUGCACUAAUUGAAGCUGAUGUCAAAGUGGAACGGAACAAACGAAGCGAUCCGAGUUUUUGGGUUGAUCGACUGACGGCCAUUCUACGGCACACGGACGUCGAUGUACGACCAACCGAUGUGCAUCCGUGUCUGCCGAUUAUCAAUGAAGUGUGGCCAAUUUUAUCGAAUAUUUUAAACAAAUACCAAACGGACAGCGGCAUCAUGGAGAGAACGUGUCGAUCGAUCCGUUACAUAAUUAGAUGUAUAGGAAAAGAGGGAUCGCCGCUUCUCGAGCCGUUAGUCAAACAGAUGGUGCAUUUGUACGAACUUCAUCAGCACAGCUGUUUCCUCUAUCUGGGAAGCAUUCUUGUCGACGAAUUCUGUAAUGUGAACGACCAGUGUACGCAGGGACUGUUGAACAUGCUACAGGCAUUCAUACAGCCAACGUUUAACAUUCUCCAAACGGAAAAUGGCCUGAAAAACCAUCCCGACACCGUUGACGACUUCUUCCGCCUGUGUUCACGAUUCACGCAACGCUGCGCUAUACCGUUUCUGCAAAGCACCAUCGUUUCGCCGGUCAUCCAGUGCGCUCUGCUAGCCUGUACGCUCGAUCAUCGUGACGCAAAUUUGUCGGUGAUGAAAUUCUUCUACAAUCUGCUGAACUGUGGCCGCUCCGAUUCGAAUGACAUCAAACGUGGUUUGGUGCUGCAGUUGGUGCAGGCGAACGGUGAAUCGUUGGUGCUGAAUCUGUUGCAUUCGUCAGUGUUCUGCUUGCACUCGUAUAUGCUGUCGGAUGUGGCGGACGUUUUGCUGGAGCUGAAAGCGGUCGAUGAAGAGAAAACUUCAGUUUAUUUACGGAAUGCUGUCGAUGCUUUGCCAAAAAAGAAUAGCGGCGGAUCGGUGACGGCUACACAAAGUCAGAUCGAUUCGUUUCACGCAACCGUUUUAAAAUCGGAAACGUCAAAGGCGCUAACCCAUGCGUUAAAGGAAUUCACGUUGCUGUUUCGCUGAAAGGAAUUAUAUGCUCAGUGGGCACGCCAUGGAUUAGUCAAUGCAACUUAUUCAAUUAUACAACGCAAGAGAGAGAGAGAGAGAGAGAAAGAGUGGAUCGAGAAUUAAAUUAAAUGUGAAAAGAGAAACCAUCCAAUGUACAUGACGAUCUGAGCUCCUCCGAUCUUUUUUUUUUGGUUUUAAAUUAAGAAGAGGGAAAUUACACCCCAUACAGUGCUGGCUAAUUAACUACGAAAAACUCUUUGAUUUGAUUUUGUCAAUUUUAAACAUUUUCUUAACCAGUCCGACCGAAUAAUUUGAAUUUUGAAUAUUUAAUUCCAUGCCGGAAUUUUCUUACAUUUUAAUUUGAAAAGAAAAAACGAAAUUUUUUGUUUUUUUAAUUUUGUAAACAAGUCAGUGAAAUGGACAUAAAACAAUUGAAUCGGAACGUUUUCCCACAUUUUGAAAAUGGUACCGAAUUUUGACGGUAUGUAAUGAUGAAGAAUAAUAAUUAUUUAAAAAAAUGAAACGACAACACAAAACUGAA